CGUUUUUUUAUUAUUGCAAUUUUAUAGACUGUUGUUCAUUGCUUUGAUAUUGCUUAAAUAUUAUAUAUUAUCGUACUCUACAAUGUUCUAGAUACCUUGUUUCUGGUGAUUCAAUGACAUCAAUGUCAUAUCAGUAUUUGGUUGGGAUAGCAACAGUUGGCAAUAUUAUUCGAGAGACGUGCGAAGUAAUUUGGAACAGUUUGUGUCCUUUAGUUUUAUCGCCAGCAUUGUCGGAAGAAGACUGGCUCGAAAUUGCAAAUAAUUUUGAAGAGGUAUCUAAUUUCACUCACUGCAUUGGUGCCAUCGAUGGAAAACAUGUAACAAUUCAAUGUCCCAACAAUGCUGGCUCAACGUACUAUAAUUACAAGCAUGCUCAUAGUGUAGUAUUGAUGGCCAUUUGUGAUGCACACUACAUAUUCCGUUUCGUUGACAUUGGAGCGUACGGACGACGAAGCGAUGGAGGUAUUUUCAGCAACAGUGUUAUCGGCAAGAACUUCAAUGCAAACCGCAUGAAUGUACCAAAGCCGUCAGCUGUUGCAGAAGGACGAAUUCUGCCAUACUGUCUUGUGGGAGACGAAGCAUUCCCUUUAAAAUCAUAUAUGCUUCGCCCCUAUCCAGGCAAGAACGGAUUAACACCGGAGCAGGACAUCUUCAAUUACCGGUUAAGCCGUGCGAGAAGACUUAUCGAAAAUACUUUCGGAAUUUUAGCUAGCUAGUGGCGAAUAUAUCGCAAACCUAUUAUUGCUUUCCCAGAGAAUGCUAAAUUGAUGGUGCAGGCAACGGUUUGUCUGCGUAAUUGGAUCCGCAAAGACGACAUUGGCAAAAAUACAUACGUUUCUGCGGGUAUGGUGGAUGAAAUUGACGCCAAUGAUCCAAAUAGUUUCACACCAGGUUCUUGGCGGAGAAUAUUCGAAGAUGGCUGCGCUUUUCGAGAGAUUAAUCGUUGUGGCUCGAAUACUAGUGCGCGAAAUUGUAUUCAAAUACGCGAUGAAUUUUGCGAUUACUUUUGCAAUGAAGGAAAAGUACCUUGGCAAAAUAACCGUCAUAAAUAAAAAAAUAUAUA